ACCCACUCCACCAUUCCCCAUUUCUCCCCUUUCUCCCCUGCUCUAUCCUCCCCUCGCUUCUAGAGCUCCGCCCGAGAGAGGCGAAUUCCAUGUUGGUCUAUGGAGUCCAGCUACGCAUUUCUCCGGCGAGCUACGGGUGGCCGGUGCGUGAUGGCGAGGACCACGGUGGCGAGCUCGGAGAGCAGCGGGAUGAUGUUGCGGCAGUCAGCGCGUGGCUCGGCCAGCGGAGCUGUUCGGGGGGCCUCCGCGCAUCGUUUGUGCGCGUGCGCUGCUUGCUCCCCGCGCCGCCGCGGCCGGCGACGAGUUCUCUCUCUCUCCCUCUCUCUCUCGACCAGAUCCGUUUUGACGUCUUUGUCCGUACAGAGGAGAUCAGCCGCCGUCGGUGGUUGCGGUGUUGAGGGCUUGCCGCAGGUGACCAGGGAGGACAAUGGCGGUGGAGGAGGCGAGAAUGGCACCUGGGCUGGCGGGCGCGUGGUGCUGAGCAGUGGCUCGCAGGCGCGGUUGCGGCGGCACGAUACUUGGCGCCCGCGGGGUGACCGGGUUGAGCCUGUUGCUCGCGGCGCACGGUGGCCAUGGUGAGUCGGCUGAUCACAGCAUCCAAUGGCAGCUCACCGAGACACACCGACGGAAGCGCAUGGAGAAGCACAACGCAUCUGCUGCUUUUUCGUUGCUGGCAUGCGCUCCUGAAGCGGGAAGCUCCAGCCUAUGUGGUAGGAAUGUGUCGUAGUUUUGGGUUCUCCACUUAGAUACCACAAAAUACCUAGUUGUUCUUUUUAGUCAGAGAACGGUGCUUUUUUUGUCCAGUUUCCUGCUCAUGGAGCACAAUGUUGCAUUUUCUAGUGACCAUGUCAAAUUUUUGUAACAAUGGCAUGGCGAAAUUAUUUCUUUUUUGCAACACGGCAAAAUUACCAUGUUUUUGCCAUGGCAAUUUUACCUUUUCUCUUGCCAAUGCAAAUUUGCCUUUUUUAAAGUGCCAUGCUAAAUUAACCUUUUUCUGUUUUGUCGUGGCAACUUAACAUUUACAUACAUGGCAAUUUACACUUUUUACAUAAAUGGCAACUGUUUUUACUUUUACUCUUUGCUCAUGGCAAAUUUACUUCUUUACUUGCCAUGGCAAAUAACUUUUACAUCCAUGUCAAAUUUUACUUUUUAUUUGCCAUGGCAUUUUUCAAUCCACAUUUUUUUUGUGUCUUCAUGUAUAUAGUAAAAUAUCAUCACAAUAAAAUUAACUUUUUUAUUUUUGCCAUAUGGAAAAAUUACCUUAAUUGACAUGUCAAAUUUACCUUAAUUGCCAUGGCAACUCUUAACUUUUAUUGCCAUGGCAAUUUUUAUUUUUUAUUUUUGACACGACAAUUUUACCUUAAUUUACAUGGAAAAUUUACCUAUACUGCCAUGGCAAAUAUUUAAAUUUUAUUGCCAUGGAAAAUUAACUUUUUUUGCCAUGGAAACUCUUAACUUUUAUUGCCAUGACAGUUUUUACUUUUUAUUUUUGACAUGGCAAAUUUCCAUAUGUCGCCAUGACAAAUAUUUAAAUUUAUUGCCAUGGCAAAUUAAACAUUUUUCCCAUGGCAAAUUUUUAUUUCAUUCACUAUAUAGCAUGGCAACUUUUUGGUCGUGUAGUCUGGAUUUCCUUAUUUAUCAUGAGUGUUUUUUUGCCAUAUUUUUUCAACAAAAUCCAUUUACCAGUUACAUUUGCUCAAAAAGAUGCCUUGUGUUUUAGUGAAAAAAACUCCUAAGUUUGCCAUCUAUUUUUGAAGAAAAACUUACUAAAUUUGCCAUGUGUAAACAUUUCAUUAUAGGUAGUGCAAUAAUUUUAUUUAGUUUUUAAUCCAUGGUAAUUUUAUGUUUUGAAAUCAUGGGCCAUAGCAAAUUCCCUUCUUUUUCUUUAAUUUUCAUGAUGGAAAUUUUAUUCUUUAGUGUCAUGGCAAUUGUAUGUUUUUAACAUGGCAAUUUAUACUACCACACCAUGGCAAAUUCCUCACACACAAUUUUGUGUUCAAAUUGUGCAUACAAUUUAAUUAAAAAUAUCAUGGCAUUUUUUACUAUGAAUUUUGCAUGGCAUUUUGUUUUGUUUGUAUGAUGAAAAUUGCCAUGACUAUUUUCCUUUUGGGUCGUUGAAAGAAACAAUUUCUUUUUACCCAUGGCAUUUUUUGUGCUUUAACGUUGAUGCCUUUUUUUUCGUAGCACUGCAAAAUCUGGGCUUUAAUCUGGCCCAACAUAGAAACAGUCGGGCUUUUUUCGCUACCAGCUGUAGGGUCGACAGGGAGGGGCGUUCGGGCUUGGGGGGCUCUCCUCCCGAACGAAUGCCCCCUCCACUACGAACGAGUCGUUCGGUCUGGAGUUCGUGCGUUAUUGACGUCCACCCCGCUCCGCCGCCGCCUCCGCUUUGCCCCUGACGCUGCAACCGCUACCGUCGCCAUGGACCCGGUCAAGUCGGCGGAACUUCAGGCGCAGCUUAAGGAGAUGAGGGCGGAGCUGAAGGAACGAUCUCUCCCCGGCGCCAAGGUCACCAAGGGUCCCCCCUCCGAGAUCCUCCCUUUUCUCGCGGAGGUGGUGAAGAAGAACAGGGCGGAGCUGCGGGAGGCGUACAGCAACCUCGAACCACCCAUCCUCCGUCUCAACUCCCGGCAAGACCCGUGCGCAUCACCACCAGGUGUUGUCAUGCUCUCAGCUUUCUCUGAAGAUGGAGAGGGAAAGGAAGCAUAAGAACUACUUCUCCAUGAGGAAGUAUAAUAAAGGCCUAGGUCAGGACUGCGAUGCAAAGCCUAGCAUAGUGUGGAAGUAUUUUGUGUUUGCUAUGUUGUUACCUGAAAUGCCUAGAUUGGUUUCAGUGGCAUAUUCUAUUGACACUGAAAUCUUACAUGUUUCGUGGGAGCUUUGCUUUGUCUUUGUGAAAUCUUACUUGUUUUGUGGAUGAGAAUGAAGUUGUCCUGCUUUUGCUCCAAAUGUUUCUAUUUCCAUCUUCCAUGCUAGACGGCUACUCAUAAUAACACUUUUAAACCCAUACGUCAAGAUUCUGCUCAA